AUGUAUGUGAAAUCGUUUGAUACAGGAAUGUAAUACUAUGAGAUUUUAGUGUAUUGAGUGAAUGUCACAUUUUUGCAUCUUUGAAUUUCCCGCCGGUUUCAUCCCUCGUACGUCCCGGAAUGGAACCCGGAAGACGGACAUCGGCAUUGACCGGAGGACAUGGCCGGGGACGCUGCUGGGGGGACAUCGCGGGAGCGCAGGACAAGGUAAGUGCUGGAGGGAUCCCUGAGCAACACUGCAGGGUAAUCCUGAGUGUAGCUUGGGGUUACCACUUCUGGUACUGAAAGUUAACCCCGAGCUACACUCGGGAAUACCACCAGGGGGGUUAA